CACAGCCCCCAGUUCAACUUCUCAGCACUCGCUUAAGGGAGUACGGCUGGCUGCUCAGCACACAGACCACUAGGCGCACCUUGCCAGCCAAACCCAUGGAAUUAUAACUAUGGAUUACCACUGGAUACUGUUUUCUGUCUGUUUACAGUUAACCAUCCAUCCAGGAAACACCAGGCCCUCCAUCACCCCCAGUGGGCCGCACCUUGUCAUUCUGAUCAACACACCCCUCAGCCUGCGCUGUCAGGGUGAGCAGGUGGUUCUGUGGCAGCGGGAAGACAAGCUAAAAGUGCGGAGGGAAGAGAGGAGUAAUGGUGUGUCCAUUCUGCACAUACCCAGGGCACAACCUGUCCACAUGGGCCGCUACAUCUGCCUGGAGGAGAGGUCAGGAGAGCAAACCUCAGUCUACAUUUAUGUGAAAGAUCCUGGCAAUGCCUUCAGAAAAUCGAUGGUAUUCAACAUCUUGGCUCGUGUGGGAGAUACUGCUUCCAUUCCAUGUUUGGCAACAGACCCAGGCCUGGUCAACUUGCGCCUUGAAACAUGCCAUGGUGGCGCAUUGACCUCUGGCCUCCAGUAUUCUGCCAGCCUGGAGAAAGGCAUCAUUAUCUACAACACAACAAAAGCCUAUCAGAGCUGUUACAUCUGCACAGGCAAACUGGGAGAAACCCUUGUCAAAUCGAAUCGCUAUGAUCUGACAGUGAGAUCAGUCCCUAAUGCGCCUCCUGUAAUUGAGAUGCAGGCACCAAAAAAAGUGAUUCUAAUCCAUGGCCAGCAGCUCUCCCUCACAUGCAGUACCACUAAUGUCAAUGGUGACAUCAAACUUAAAUGGAUCCCCCCACCUGGCUCGCAACCAGCAAAGGUUGACAGCGCUUCACGUAUCCUGACUGAGCCCUUCACUCAUGUGCGCAGCGCGACCCUACAUAUCACUUCAGUGAGAGCGCAAGAUGUUGGAAGUUACCAGUGUGAGGCUCAGAACGAAAAAGGGACCAGCUCUAAGUUUGUGAGGCUGGAUGUUUAUGACCAAGGCUACAUCAACCUAAAUACCACAGAGAACAGUACCAUUCGCGUGCGGUCCGGCGAAAGCCUAUCCCUUAAAGUCGAUAUGGAGGCCUACCCAAAACCCCAUGUCUUUACCUGGAGCUUUAUGGACCAACAACUAUUGAACACCACAGACCAUGUCAUCACCACACAGAAUUCCCAUUCACAUAGGUACAGCAGUGAGUUAAGACUGGUGCGGCUGAAAGUGUCAGAGGGAGGGCUUUACACCUUCCAAGCUUCCAAUGGCGACGCCACAGUCAAUCAAUCUUUCACAGUCUUUGUAAUCAGUAAACCUGAGAUUGUAUCCCAUGAAGGGCCGGUAGAUGGACAGGUGCGCUGUGUAGCAGAGGGAUUCCCGGCCCCCCAGAUCACCUGGUAUUACUGUGAGCAGCCCUACAUUAGAUGCUCCCAACAGGUGAAUGCCACCCAAGAGGAGCAGGAUGUCAUCACAGUGACAGUGGUUAGUCCCUUGUUUGGAAAAUCCGAGGUGGAGAGUCGAUUAAACAUCAGCAGAGGACGGUUUCACACUUUAGAGUGUGUUGCCACAGUGGAAGGAGAGCAGGCCUACACCCUCUUCUCUAUCAGUGAGAGGACUGUUUCCCAUGAGCUUUUUACACCUCUGCUCAUUGGCUCUGUGUCAGCAGCAGCUAUCCUCUGUCUCAUCCUUACUGUGCUAUUCUACAAGUACAUGCAGAAACCAAAAUACCAGAUUCAAUGGAAAGUCAUUGAGGGCAUUCAUGGAAACAAUUAUGUUUACAUUGACCCUACACAGCUGCCAUAUGAUCACCAAUGGGAAUUUCCUCGAGACAAACUACGGUUCGGGAAGACACUGGGAUCUGGUGCUUUUGGGAAAGUGGUGGAAGCUACAGCUUAUGGACUCUCCAAAGCAGAUUCAGUCAUGACUGUCGCUGUGAAAAUGCUCAAACCGAGCGCCCAUGCCACAGAGAAAGAGGCACUGAUGUCAGAGCUGAAAGUUCUCAGUUAUUUGGGAAAUCACAUGAACAUUGUCAACCUCCUGGGAGCCUGCACUAUUGGAGGCCCCACACUUGUGAUUACAGAGUAUUGCUGCUUUGGAGACCUCCUUAACUUUCUGCGCAGGAAGAGAGAAUCCUUCAUCUACUCCAAGAUGGAAGACAACUGCUAUUACAGGAAUGUCAUGCAGCAGAGAGACAUAGAUUGUGACAGCAGGAACGGCUACAUGGCCAUGAGGCCUUCUGUUGCUGGAGCUCCGCAGCCAAGCUCAUCUGAGAAGAGACGCUCACUACGCAAAGGUGCUUCGUACAGUGAUGCAGAUGUUGCGAGUGAAAUGCUUCACGAAGAUGGAUUAUCUCUAGACACUGAGGACCUCCUGAGCUUUUCCUAUCAAGUGGCCAAAGGCAUGGACUUCCUCGCCUCAAAGAAUUGCAUCCACAGAGAUCUGGCUGCCAGAAAUAUCCUACUAACACAAGGAAGAGUGGCAAAGAUCUGUGAUUUUGGCCUGGCCCGGGACAUUACCACUGACUCCAACUAUGUAGUUAAGGGCAAUGCUCGACUGCCAGUGAAAUGGAUGUCACCAGAAAGUAUCUUCGAGUGUGUCUACACGUUUGAGAGUGAUGUGUGGUCCUAUGGCAUCUUACUCUGGGAAAUCUUCUCACUAGGAAAUAGCCCGUACCCUGGUAUGCCUGUUGACUCCAAGUUCUACAAACUGAUAAAGGAUGGAUACAGAAUGGAUGCUCCAGAAUUUGCACCCAGUGAAAUGUAUCAGAUCAUGAGGUCCUGCUGGGAUGCUGACUCCUUCAAGAGACCCCACUUUAGGAAAGUCGUGGAGCAGAUUGAGCAGCAGCUGUCAGAUACCACUAAGCAUAUUUAUCUGAACUUCAGUACCCGGAUUCCUCUGACAUCUGGAGUGAGGGAGGACCAGAGUAGUCAGAGCUCAGCAUUUCAACACGUCAACUCGGUUGGCACUUACAACGCUGCGGCUCACCCUCUACUGGCCCACGAUGAGGUCUUCCUGGAAGGAAUGGGCCUCAGAGCCCAUCGAGUGUAA